UUCAAAUACAUAUCCCAAUAGACUAUUAAGAGAGUACGAGAGCCUUUUUCGAACUCUGCAAUUUGUAGAUUAAUGUCAUUCUUCUUCGUCGUUAAUUGAUUCACCAUCCUUAUCACAUUUUAGCAGGGAACUAUGGGUUCUUCGAUUAGACUUUUGGGAGCAGUUUUAUACAAAAUUUCCAAUGGUAUCACCUGCAAAUGUCCCAGUGUCUUCCCUCUCCGAAAGAGUUUGGUGGACAGGAAAGUGUAUAUGCCGUGGGUUUCAUCUGAAGUGACGUCUAAACACCCUGUAAGAAGGAUAUGGACUUUCUCUCCUGUCUGUAUGGGCAGGCGUUCCAGCAAGAUUGCUGGCAGAAAGGGGGCUCAGGAUGCAAAGAAGGCAAAGCGGUAUGGAAAAAUUGGGAAGGAGAUUGUCUCUGCUGUCAAGAAAGGUGGUCCAAAUCCAGUAUCGAAUACAGUUUUGGCUGCUGUUUUGGAGAAAGCUAAGGAGCUUGAUGUACCUAAGGAAAUUUUGGAGCGCAACAUUAAGAGGGCUUCUGAGAAAGGACAAGAGGCUUACAUUGAGAAAUUAUAUGAGGUAUACGGUUUUGGAGGAGUGGGUAUUAUAGUUGAGGUUCUAACAGAUAAAAUAAACAGAUCAGUGGCGGCUGUUAGAGAGGUGGUAAAGGACUGUGGUGGAAAGAUGGCGGAUCCAGGAUCCAUAAUGUUCAAGUUUAGGCGUGCUAGGGUUGUAAAUAUAAAGGUCACAGAUGCUGACAAAGAUCAGCUCGUUGCAAUUGCCUUGGAUGCUGGUGCUGAGGAUGUUAUUGAACCUCCCAUAUAUGAAGAUGAUCCAGAAGAAGAUAGCUCAGAAAGGUAAGAAACUGGAAAACUGUCUAAU